GUUGCUGUUUUUCCAGGAUUUAUUUCCACUCCGAAUGAAUUUUGCGCGGUCGUGUGCGCAAGGGGUUUCUGCGCAGCUCUAACCUAACUAUAAUCCAACUUCAAUGUCAAUUUGUUUUGGUUGGUGGAUUGGAGUGACUACACGUGGGUUUUUGAUCAACUUUUGUGAAUGAUUUUUGCUUUAUUUAGAGCAAGAUAAUUAUUGAAUCAUGAUUCGGGGGAGAGAUUCGGAUGCUGUGAGACGUGCGUCGUUGAAGAAACAGAAGGAGGCCUUCAGGGAGAAGGAAUUGUUGAUCAGAAAUGCUCUGAACUCAGUGGACGGAAGUGUAAAUAAGAAAAUUAUCUUCGAUGAUAAUAUAGGAGAACAGGAGGAUAAUUAUGAGCAGAAAAAUACCAAUCGCUCCAAAAAGCGAACGUUAUUUGAUGAUGAUGAUGAUAAGGAGGGUGAUUCGAGAGUGGAUGAGUUUGAUUUUAGUGAAAAUAAAAAGGCUAAGGUGGUGAAUCUUGGGAAUGACCCACGUUUUGCCAUGGACAAGAGAUUUUUAGAAGAAGAAAAUGAAAAUCAGGAAGAAUAUCAAAAUGAAGAGGCUGAGGAUGAAAUGACGAGUGAGAAGAAUAAACAAUUAGAAAUUCUGCAGAAUGUUUUGGGGAAACCUUUGGCUAAGAAGAAUAAUACACAAGUGGCUGUGAAGAGGAAAAAUCAAAUGAUUCGUUACGAUCCAACCCAAGACGACCACCAGAAACAUGAGCUCCAGAAAGAGGAGCCUCAACCCAAAAAGAAGAAGCGAAAAGCGAAAGAGGCUGUCGUAGAAGAAGAAAAACCCAUUCCUGUGUCAACUGAAACGUUUUACUCAGUCUCUGAAAAUCUCACUGAGACACUCAAAGCCCCUGAGGAGUUCAGUUUACUCCAACGAUUCGGAACAGCACCUCCAGAGAAAACUCAUGACGUGAAUGAAGAUAAAGUGGCUACAGAGAGGAAAUCCAAGUUUGGAGAGAAUUUCGAUGCUAGAAAUCCAUUUAGAUAUGAUUCAUCUGACGAUGAAGGUGAAAAUACAGAGAAGAAUGUUCAAGGUGCAAGGAUUAGUGAUGAGAAAGUAUCGUCAAGCGUUGAAGAAACAUUUUUCUUGAAUCCUGCAGUGUUUAAAGAAGCUGAAGAAUUUUUCAAGAACCCUGCACCCUCCAACGAGUCCUUCAAAAAGCUCAGGAGGGAAUUGAAAGAGAUCGUUCGCACGAAAAUACGAAGAAACAUACGAAAAACUCAGCUCUGGAAACGAAAGAAGAUCAACCAAGUCAAACCACGUCAUAAAUAAUCCGUCAUUAUCACUAUUUGUAUGAAGCUAAAUUGAGAAAUAUAUAUUUUACCCCCGAAAAGCAUCAAUA